AAACAAAUCCCAGCUGCACUCUAUCCGUGUGCUCUUCAGUCAGUCAGUUUUGAGAGCGAAUGCCCAGCGGUGAGCAAGCAGUGAACAAAAAACUGUAACGGCAAAUGGAUAAGCGGCGAGUCAACAACAAUGCGGCUGCGGAGAAUCCCUUCAAGCGGCCAAUGAAUGCGCUGCAGAAGCAAUGGUAUCGAGUGCUGCUGGCCAGGCGCGUUGGCUUCGGGCAACGCCCUCCGCCGGACGAGAAGGAGCUAACCUACGCCGAUGUUUGUCGUCAGCGUUAUAUGGCAGCAUUCCGGAGAUACAACGAACGUUUCCGCCUCGAAAUGGCCAAGCACGAGGAGAUGCAAAGCUGCGCCAUCGAUGCCAUGAGGGUGCACAGAACCUUUGCCAUAACCACGCUCUGGCUGCCAUUGCACUCGAAGCAGGAAAUCAACUCAACGCUGGAGACCCUCGAGCAGGUUCUUAGUGCCGCGGAAAGGCGACGCCUGCAGCAGAUACUCAAGCAGGGCGAGUCACGGCGAACGCGUCGAUAGAGCAGCGUGGCACAGGCGCUCGCUCACGUCGGUAGAGCAGGAUGGCAGAGAGAGAGAGAGAGAGAGAGAGAGAGAGAGAGCAGCUCAGCAGCAACGUUGCUGUCAUCAUCAUCUGCCAUGGCUAAGUGAAUUCCAUUUAGCUUGGAUUUCACUUUGCCUCUGGAGUCUGAUUUUCCACUUCCACUUCC